AUGGUGGAAGAUCGACAUCCCAUGCAGACCGCGGUCGUGAACUUCAUCAAAGAGACCUUGGAAGACAUUGCCUCAAGGCUUCAAGCGAAGGCCGAGGACGCAAAGAAGGCUUCCAGCACAGCGGAGUCAGAGCUCGAGGUUCAGAAGGCUCAGCUGCAGGUCGCUACAGACGAAGCUGCCGAGGCCAAAGAGAAGGUCACUGGCUGUGCCGAAGCGCUGGCGACCGCCAAGAAAACCCUCUCUGAGUGCGAGCAGGCGGAUGCAACUGUUGCAAGCGAGGAGUCCGUCUUUCUCAGGCCGAAGUGA